GUGCUCAGGGAAACCAAAUGCCCGAGAAAUGGGUAAAUCACAUGCAUCCGCUGCAUUCAAAAGCCGCAAGAGGUAUUGCAGGUCUUCAGUGUCAAGUUGGAAGGAUAUUGUUCCCUCUGGAUGAUGGUAGACUAGCAGAGCUGCAUUUAUUUGGCAUUGGUGGUGAAGGAUCAGGCCCAACUCAACAGGUGAAUGUGCGAAGAAAAGCAUCAUUUAAGUACAAAUGGUCAAUCCUAGAAGCUCCAGAAACAGAGGGAUGGAAUGCAGAGUACUGCACUGAAGAAAGGGGGCCCUCAAAUUGCAUCACAGGCAUAAAAGAUGGACCAAAUGACUCUGGAAUUGCAAGACCAACAAGAAGGCGAAAGCUGAGUCAAUCACAUCAAAGUUACCUGGUCCCUCGUGCAACAGAAAACAUUGGAGCUAUGACUCCUGACAAAAAUAACUUCCAGGUAGACAUUACAAGGACAAAUUUCCGCAUGCGAGUAAUGCACAAAGGGAUGUCAUUUUUUCUUGUGACAGACAGUGGGGAGACUUUUGAGCAUCUGAAUAAUGAGAAUGUAUGGUUGUGGCUGAGACAUGAGCAUCCUACAAUUAUGAAAGGUGUUGUUGGAAACUACAAUGGAAGUUUGUUUGUUGUUGACAUAGUAGGGAACUUACUUAUCAGAGAAAGAAGCAGCAAUGAGCUAGCAUGGAUAAAUUGUACUGCCAUGAGAAAGGGUACCCAAGUGAUCGGAGGUCCCCCAUGGGAUAAAAUACCCGGUAAAUCUUUGAAGGUUACAGCAGAAGAUGCACUUUUCUUUGUGAGCAAAAAUGGAAGAUUACUUCAAUUUGCAGUUGCCUUGCGAAAAUUCAAGUGGAAAAACUGCCGACACCCCCGAAAUACCAGAGUUGCAUGUAUAGUUGAUCAAGAAGUGCUCCGGACUAACAUAGUUUUUGUCAUUGGAAGGAAUGGUCGGCUUUAUCAGUAUAACAAAGUGACUGAAUUAUGGCACGAGCAUUAUCAGUCCCCACAUUUGGUUCUUUCAAGAUCCCCUGGAACUUCUAUGAGACCAUCAUCUUCAUCACUAACCGGCUCCCUAUUUAUGGUUUCAGAAGAUGGUGGACUUGUUGAAUAUCAAUGGAACCCAUUGGAUGGAUGGAGUUGGGUGGAACAUGGAACACCAUCUAAGAGUGUAAAUUUGGUUAGUUCACCGGGGCCCUGCUUUGAAGGCAAUGAAUUGUUCCUUAUAGGUUCAGAUGGUGAAGUUUACCUCAGGUAUAUGGACCAAACAACAUGGAAAUGGAGAAACUAUGGUUUCCCACCUACAGAGGAGGAAGUUGUUAGAGGUCAAACACUACCAGGAGAAAAAGAUGUAAGAGAUGAUAUUUGUGUUGAUGAAGAAAUUGUGGCUGGUUUCGAGAAUAAUGCAGAAGGUAUAUAUGAUCUCACCAAAAGCUGUGAUGCUAAGGUAGCACCGAUACGACCAAUUCCAUUUUCUGAGUAUUCAGUGAUCUUUGAGUUGCAAGAUGGCAGAUUGGCGGAAUUGCUGCGAAUAGAUGACACACAAUGGAUAUGGUCACGUAUCAUCGACACUCCGAUGAGCCAGUGCAUGGCAAGUUAUGGAUUAGCAUUAUGACAUUAAAUACAACUUCACAACAUGAAAAUGCAAGACUGAAGUAUCAAAUGUAGAGAGUUGAUACAGCUGUACAAAUCUUAGAAAAAUUCUGAGCUCUUAGAAAAUCCAUCAUAAUUUCCCAGUACUUCUAUCUCACCCCCCCACCCUUCUCCCUUUUCUGGUCAUUGUAAAGAAGCAAAGGAGUCCAUCAGUUCCUCAGCUGUACAGUCCAAGCAUAAGAUGUAACCCAUGGAUACAAAAAUGAAAUUUAUGAUGAAUAAAAUUGAAUAGCAGGAAGUGUAGUUGUAUCA